AUGGAAGCACUAAAUGCGACCUUCGUACCAGCUUCCAACGAGAGCGAAGUUAUACCUGCUGUCGAAGUCACGGACUUUCCGAGUAAAUAUCUUGUCCCAGACAUUAAUCGAACUGUCCUCGAAAGGGUGAUUUUGAUGUUGACAAUAUUAAUUCAAAUGAUGGAUACGUCCAAACGUUCUUUCAGAAACUUCAUGAAAUCAUCAUUAAUCAAGGUCUCGAUAUAG